GAAAGACAAUAAUAAUAAGAAGUAAAGGUCUCAGAAACGUGACACUCCAAUUCUUCCACACACAAGUUAAAAAGGGACUCCCAAUUUUCCAAUCCUAGUAGAAGUAGAACACAACAGACACCACUCUCUCUAAUAUGCGACUCGUCAAAAACCUUGUUUUCUUCUGAAUUUCUAAGGUGUGUGUGGUAUUAUACCCUUUGGUGUUCUUUUCCUCAAUCUAUAGCCAGGUGCUAGUAAUUGCAUUCUCUCUCCAUUAAUCACCCAAAAAAUCAAGAAAGGUUCAAUUUUUGGUUCAAUGGAAAAAGACCAAGAGGCUCAGCAUCAUAGGGAAAAUCAAGGGUCUUUGGUUACUACCGUGAAAGUAGAAGGGUCAGAGGCUGUUAACAACAAUGAGCAUCGUUCUUGGGUGUGUCAUAUCUGCAAGAAAGGGUUCGGCUCAGGUAAAGCACUUGGUGGACACAUGAGAAUACACAACCUUUCCAAGAAGCAGCAGGUUCAUAGGGCUAAACAAGGCACUACUAUUGUUGCAAAGCCCAAAACCAACAAAUGGGUGUUUGUGAGUGGCAACCCCACUUGUUCUCUUUGUGGAAAGAGCUUUUCUUCCAUGAAGUCCUUGUUCGGGCACUUGAGGUCUCACCCUGAGAGGAUGAGGAAGGGGAUUCAAAACAACACUCCUUCAAUCAAUGGUGCAUCCUCCAAUUCCACAUCUUCAUCAACCCUUUCUGAUGACUCUACUGCUGUUGAUCUCUCCCAAGCUCUCAGGGGUUGUUGGUCUGUCUCUGCCAAGAGAGGCCGCAGAAGCCCUUCUUGUAGCAAGUCAAAUUCUGGUUUAGAAGAUGAUGGGGAAAUUGAGCCACGUAUGCAAGAGGCUGUGUAUAACCUCAUGUUGCUGGCAAGUGGGAAUCCCAAGCGGGAGGAAGAGCUUGACGGUGAUCAGAUUGAAGAGAAGAAGCUGUUAAACCCAGUUUUUGGGGAUUCUGAUGAGAUGAAGAGAGAUAGAAAGAGAGUGACAAAGAAAAUGAAAUUAACAGAAUUAGAAGCAGCUGAGGAGGGGGACAAGCUAUGCAGAAUAUGCAAUACAACUUUCCCAAGUCCCCAAGUUUUAGAGGGUCAUCUAUGCAGCAGCAAAAUUUUUAAGAACAUUCAAGUCAUGGAUGAAUCUGAAUCAGAUGGUGUGUUAGCCACAAAAGAGGAGCAUCAUGCCAAAAAACCAACCAUGCAAGGAGAGGAAACAACUGUUCUUGGGGGUAAUGCUGUGGAAGCCAUUAGAGGGUAUCAUUGUAAAAUUUUCAUCAAGACUUUCUCAACUGGUCAGGUCUUUGGGGACCACAAGAUAUCUAAUUGGACCAGCACGGCAGAAGCUCAGUCAUCAGCUCAAGCAACUUCCUCACCUGUGGGAAAUGCUCAGAAUUGUUCCAAGAUUUUGACUUUUGAUCUUAAUCAGCUUCCUGCUAUGGAUGGACAAGAUGGUGUUCAAUCAGACUUGUUUAUUCCUGCCAAUAUUGUGACAUCAUUCAGUUAUGGUUCCUCCUCCUAAAACUGUGUAACCAAUUACUAAUUAGUGAGUUCAAAUUUAGGCUGAGUUUGUGACCAUUAUAGGGCAUCGCAUUCUAUUGGGCAAAGAUAAAGUAAGUUCUCUUCACAGCUAGUUUUGCAUUCUGAUUAAUUGGUUUUGUCUUUAGUAUUAUAACUUCUUGAAGUGAGACACCACCGUGUUAGAUGAGGAACCAUCUUAGUUGUUUCCUAUGUUUUGGGUAGGGUCAUGAGCUCUUGCCUUUUCUGUGUUUUCUUUCUUAAUGUGAAGCAUGAUGUGUCCCGCAAACUUGCUGUGAAGGAAAGAUCCGAAAAGGCAUUGUGGGGCUUUCAUUGGGGAUAUAAAUGUUACCCUUUUCUGUGUAAGUGCAAUUGGACAGCUUGGUUAUUUCA